AUGGAGCAUCAAGAUCAAGAACAAGAACACGAAGUGUACGGUGGAGAAAUUCCAGAUGAAGGAGACAUGGACGCCGAUGUCGAGAUGUCUUCUAGGGCUGAAGACGAGGACUCUAAUACUAAGGACUUGGAGGACAUGAAAAGAAGACUCAAGGAGAUUGAAGAAGAAGCGGGUGCUCUUCGGGAUAUGCAGGCCAAAGUUGAGAAAGAAAUGGGCCCCGUUCAAGAUCCUUCUGGUGCUUCUGCUACUCAGGCUGAAAAGGAGGAGGUGGAUUCCCGCUCAAUAUAUGUUGGUAAUGUGGACUAUGCAUGUACACCUGAAGAGGUACAGCAGCAUUUUCAGUCCUGUGGAACAGUCAACAGAGUGACGAUUUUAACUGACAAGUUUGGUCAGCCUAAAGGUUUUGCUUAUGUGGAGUUUGUUGAAAUUGAUGCUGUUCAAAAUGCUGUUCUUCUAAAUGAAUCUGAGUUGCAUGGUCGCCAAUUGAAGGUAGCUGCUAAGCGAACUAAUGUACCCGGAAUGAAACAAUAUCGAGGAAGGCGUCCCAAUCCAUAUCUUGGUUUUAGAUCCCGAAGGCCUUUCAUGCCUGGCCCACCUGUCUAUCCUCCAUUUGCUUAUGGGUAA